GAAGAAGGUAAAAUCAAUCCAUCUCUACUCCUGAAGUGAUGAGGUUAGGAGAAAGAAGAGAUACUCACCUACAGUCUUCAGGAGGAAAAAGAUUUCUCGGAGAAGAAUGGGUGUAAAAAACCAUUCCACAGUGACUGAGUUUCUUCUUUCAGGAUUAACUGAACAAGCAGAGCUUCAGCUGCCCCUCUUCUGCCUCUUCUUAGGAAUUUAUACAGUUACUGUGGUGGGAAACCUCAGCAUGAUCUCAAUUAUUAGGCUGAAUCGUCAACUUCAUACCCCCAUGUACUAUUUCCUGAGUAGUUUGUCUUUUUUAGAUUUCUGCUAUUCUUCUGUCAUUACCCCUAAAAUGCUAUCAGGGUUUUUAUGCAGAGAUAGAUCCAUCUCCUAUUCUGGAUGCAUGAUUCAGCUGUUUUUUUUCUGUGUUUGUGUUAUUUCUGAAUGCUACAUGCUGGCAGCCAUGGCCUACGAUCGCUACGUGGCCAUCUGCAGCCCACUGCUCUACAAGGUCAUCAUGUCCCCUAGAGUCUGUUCUCUGCUGGUGGCUGCUGUCUUCUCAGUAGGUUUCACUGAUGCUGUGAUCCAUGUAGGUUGUAUACUCAGGUUGUCUUUCUGUGGAUCAAACAUCAUUAAACAUUAUUUCUGUGACAUUGUCCCUCUUAUUAAACUCUCCUGCUCCAGCGCUUAUAUUGAUGAGCUUUUGAUUUUUGUCAUUGGUGGAUUUAACAUGGUGGCCACAAACCUAACGAUCAUCAUUUCAUAUGCUUUUAUCCUCACCAGCAUCCUGCGCAUCCACUCUAAAAAGGGCAGGUGCAAAGCCUUUAGCACCUGUAGCUCCCACCUGACAGCUGUUCUUAUGUUUUAUGGGUCUCUGAUGUCCAUGUAUCUCAAACCUGCUUCUAGCAGUUCACUCACCCAGGAGAAAGUAUCCUCAGUAUUUUAUACCACUUUGAUUCCCAUGUUGAAUCCCUUGAUAUAUAGUCUGAGGAACAAUGAAGUAAAAAAUGCUCUGAUGAAACUUUUAAGAAGAAAAAUAUCUUUAUCUCCAGGAUAAAUAUGCUCUUUAUUAAGAUCUAUUUCUGUAUUCAUAAUCAUGAUUAUAUGUAUAUAUUUAUACCUUGACUAUUUAAAAGUAAUUUGAGGGCCAGGUACGGUGACUUACGCCUGUAAUCCCAGCACUUUGGGAGGCCGAGUUGGGUGGAUCACGAGGUCCGGUGUUCAAGACCAGCCUGGCCAAGAUGAUGAAACCCCAUCACUAUUAAAAUUACAAAAAAAUUAGCAGGGCAUGGUGGUGGGCACCUGUAAUCCCACCUACUUGGGAGGCUGAGGCAGAAGAAUUGCUUGAACUUGGGUGGCAGAGGUUGCAGUGAGCUGAGAUCGCACCAUUGCACUCCAGCCUGGGUGACAAGAGUGAAAGUCUGUCUCAAAAAAAAAAAAAAAGUAAUUUGAAAUAAGAUGAAAUUAUAUAUAUUUAGAUUAGUAAAUAUAUGCACAGAUAAUUACAUUAAUAACAUGUAAAACAACAUAUAUGAAAGUGAAAAGUAAAAAAUAUUUUAAAUUUAAAGUUAAUACCUUUGCUGGGAUUGAACAACAAUUUUUAUCUUUAGUUUCCUGAAUCCAAGCCCAAAAGGAAAUCAUCAUCAUGGUGUACUGCAUAGUCAUAUCAGAAGAAAACCACACCUAAUUUCAAAAAAAAUUGAGCAGCGUGAUGGAAAUUAUUACAACAAUUUUGUAAUAACUGUGGGAGAAUUUUUCUUGAUUGUUUCUUAUAAAGGGCUUCUUGAAAGCCAGUAUUGUCUUACAGUGUAAUGCAAUGAAGAAGAUUCGACAAAGGACUAAGCUAAUAUGGUCUCAGUAUUUGGCAGCUGUUGAUCCAAAAAUAAGACUUAACAACGACUAGAUGAAGAGAUGAUGUUUAUAACCUUAUUAAAAUGUCUUGUUUUUUUUCAGCAUGACCAGUAUAUGUGCAGUAUUUUGUAACUUUCUGUUUGUUUCUUUUGAGUUGGUAUUUUCUUUGUAAGCUGUAACUAGGUGUCUUUAAUUUCCUCCACAUGUUUUGAGAUAAAGAUAAUGAAAAAGCUUAUGAUUUUUAAGAAUGAACCUAUACAGUGAACCAAGAUAGUAUGCUGUAUGGGGAAUGUGAUGUAUUAGCUAAUUCAUUUAUUCAGCAUAUGCUUAUCAUGGACACCAUGUGCCAGGCACUGUUCUGAGUGUUGGAAUAUUAUGGUGAAUAUGAUAGACAAGGUAUCUCUUUACUUUUAGGGGGUGAAAAAGAUGAUAGAUAAUACAGAGGUAGUUCAGUGAACAAACAUAAUUAUAGACAUAGAUAAGUCCUUUGGAAAAAAUGAGUUAUAUAAUUUUCAGUGGUUCAAAUUCUACUCUCAAUAGAGCUCUUUGAAGAAAGGACAUUUGAAAUGAAACCUAAAUGAAGAAAAGGGUACAGUUAUGCAGAAACCAGAAAGGCAGCGGCAAGUACAAAGUCGAAGGCUGGAACAAACUUGGCCAUAUUCAAGAAACAGAGAAGGCAGUAUGGCAGACGGUCAGUGAGAGAGGGAGAAAAGGAACCAAAGGAGGUUGGAUAAGUAGGCAAACUCUAGAUCACUUAGGGAGUUUUAAUUCUAUCCUAAGUACAAUGAGAAGCAAUUGGAAUGUUUCAAAAGCAGAGCGAUGUAAUCUGUUUUACAUUUGAAAAAUAUCUUCUGGUUAUUGAUUAGAAAAUAGAUAGAUAUUUAUGUGUGUGUAUGUUUGUGGGAAGGGUUAGAUAGGGAAAGAUAGUGCUAUUGGCCAGAGUGGAAGCAGAGAGGGUACUUUUGAUGCUGUUAAACUUAUUUCGGUAAGAAACAAUGUGAUUUUAGUUCCAGGAAUAGCAGUAGAAAUAAAAAAUAGAUUCAAGACACAUUUCU